AUGUUGAUUCAUCGCCUCAAUACACUUGUGGAAGCAUUGCAUGAAAUUAGUGAAACAGAAAAUCAACAGAGCACAUUCACAUUUAAUUCUUAUAAAGAAGUACUUGAUGAAGCUCGCCAAAUGAUUGACACCGUUCAUUAUGAUAGGGCUCAUGGAGCAGAUGGUUACACACGACAUGGACUUGGAAAUCAGAUGACACACAGAAAUGUUCUUUACAAGCUACUGACUGAUUCUAAUAAUAAUAAAUCAUAAUUUGAUAUUUAGACAUUCACACAUAUUUAGUCAUUUAGAUAUUCGAUAGGUCAUUCACUCGUCUUUCUAGAAUAAAUUUUUGAAUUUUUGUGUAAAAUAUUUUUGUCAAAGUGCUAAAAUAUGGCACACUGUUAUUUGAACUUUUUUUUAAUUUUUUUAUGAUUAUUUUUUUAUUAUACGUGGUGCACCAUGUUUUUUCGUGUUUUUUUUCAUUAUUUCGUGUUCCUUUCGUGUUUUUCUCAUAUUCUUUUCUAUUUUCUCUAUCAUAUCCUAGCGCGCGACGC